CUCAUUCACUCAGUUAGUUCUCCGCCGACCACUGCGGCGAGCGCACGCGUUACACUCGCGCCGCAGAUGUUAGAGCACGAUUACGACAUCGCGCCGCAACUCGGACUUUUACCGUGACAGUGAACACAACUCCUUCGAAUAUGGGUUAAACGCUCUCCGCGAAGCUAUGAGUCCGGGCGAGCGCGCCGCCCUCGGGCGCCGCGAACCCGCUCGCCCCCAAUAUGCCGCCACCGCACCGGGAUUCCCGCCGCCCUACUACCCGCCCUACGGCGUGCCGCACCCCAACGCAUGGCUCGGCGCGCCCCUCAUCUCCAUGGCGGGUCGUGCACCACCAUCUCGGAAUACGCCCGUCUCCAAGUUGGCCAUGCACGCCCAGGGCGCUCCACUUAUCAUACAAAACAGACACGAUCGACGAAAGUAUAUCAAUGCACCUGAGCAGCGCAAUCAGCGACCACCCGCGCACGCCGAGAACAUGUCCAGGGACAGGUGUGAUGCGCCCGAGGGGAGCAGGCCGCGCAACCAGCAGCCACCGCGUGCCACGCGAGGCGGACGUAACAAUAACACGGACGCGGUCAGUGUCGCCAGCGACGAAAGUUCCGGCUCUACCAAUUCCGAGACUAUGUUACCCAGGAUUAUAAAACCUCGCAAACGGCGUAAAAAAGAUAGAAAACCUAACAAUAUCGUAGCGCACGACUUAACAGCUGCUAGUUUGGAUCUUGGCGAUGUAGACCAUUGUGCGGUUUCAGGCCUCGUGACAGCGUCGCAUGGUAUUUAUGAGGAAUCUUUUUGCCGUGAGAUGUCUUUACCGUAUCGUUUAGACGUGAAAGUGUUAGAGUACCCGGAACCGGUACCGGAGACAUAUCGAGUGUCGGCAUUAGGAGAGGCUUUGGAAGCGACACGAUUUGGAUUGGCGGAGGCUGUUUCACCCGCGGAGUCAGCUAGUUCUUGUCAGUGUCGUUAUUGUGAUCCUGUGGGACAGAUCUGGGACGCUGAUUCCAUCGCAGAUUUGUUGGACGAGAAUUCUAGUGGCGAUUUCGCUCCUACAAAAUUAGAAGACUCGAUGAAAGUUGUAGGACCGCUCGGUAGACGAGGCGCGGACACAACGUUACGACGCAGUUGGAGCGAUCCUUCCUCCCGAGUCCCGGAGCGGCGCGAACCGAACGGUACUGAUACAUAUUCGGCGCCUAAUUUGUAUUCGUUAUUCCCACCUGUGAGACGAGCUAGUUCUCCCGAACCUCGAUCGCCGCUCGCUUUGGAAAUAUCUUCUGAAAUCGUUACUUCAAUGAACGGUCACCGCGACCUGGAGAUCAAGUUAUUUUCGACCUCGCCCCCGGCGACGAACUCCGAUCGUCGCUCCUUCUUUGCCGAUAAAAGUGAAAGUGCUGUGAACAGAUGCACAAUUGCGAGUUACGAUUCUAAAGUGAACAGUGCGGUGUUGAGUGACAAAGUUGAAACUAGUGUUGAAGGCAAACAAAGUGAUGAUGUGAGUGAGUCGGCGCGACACACGGCAUACAGAGUCGCUGCGCCCUCGCGUAACAUUUGUGAUUUAGCCUUAAUUACUGCCUGAGGCACUUGUGAUCGAGUUACACGUAAUGAUAAGUAGAGACGGUAGUAUCGUCACUCAGCCUACGCUCCACGCUCGCCAUUUUUGAGCUGGACUCAAAUUGUCUCAGCGAGGCGUGCAAUGGAGCAUCUCAUCGCCACCCGUUAAAAUUAUGUAUUGAGAUCUCCGAAUCGGUUUCCUGUAGGUUCUAUAAUUAAUUUAUUGUUAACAAUAGCGUAGGAAACUGACAAGGAACUUCAUCUGGGGACAUGUAAAGGAUUUAGCUUCGCCGUUUAUCACUGCCGUUAUCCCUCGUUAAUUAUAUUCGUAUGACCCCUUGCUAACGUUGAAUAACCAUAGUUAAUUGAUCUAAUUUUAUUUAAAACUUUGCAAUAUAGUUUCCGUCGCAACAGCCAGUUCAGAUUAGAUAUGCAAAUGGUGCGUCGUAUCCGUAUUGCGCUGCCCGCGGCGAGGUGCCGCCAUAGCUCUGCGCGCAAUUAGCGUUUCACACUACUGACACGGUUCUCGCGCUGCGCCUGCGUUGCGGUUUCCCGCGGUUUCCACCGCGCGCGCCGUUCCGGCUGGCGCCUCCCGACUCGCUCGCACCGGUCCUGAUGACUUUUUUCAUUCCAGUUCUACAAACCCUUUACUGAUAUUUACAUCUCGUUCUACAUUAUUUACGAAUUUCUUAAAAAUUUUGGUUACAUGCUUGUAGAGGACAAUUUAACCACUUGUCCUAAAACGAGUUUUAAAUAUGUUAUAAAUUAGAAUAAAACUUAAUUAAGUUUUUAUGCAAUGAACGUGAUAUAUUAUAUAUUAUCAGUUCCAUAUAAUGUUAAAAUGUGACUAGAGAAAAUCGAUGAAAUAUAGCUCAUUACCGCUUUAUCACAUUCACGCUUUCUUUCAUCUUAUUUAUGUCAUUUAACUAUUUCGCUACGCUUACAUAAUUUCUUUACCAAUGUAGGCUAUGAGUUCUAAUUGGUAAUUGAUUGUGUAACGAAUCGCAGAUUCAUUUCGUAAUUACUCUUAAGACUGCUGCGCCAUUACUUAAUUCAUCACAUGUUGCAUGCAAUUGAGACUAUCGCACUUUCAAACCAUUUGCAUCACUUCCAUCGUCAUCGUUAUCAUUAAGAAAAUCAUAAGCAUCGUCGUACACAUUCAUUAUAAACGCAUUAUCACCAGUAUCAUGCAUGUCCUUCGAUCAUACUCACUUCAUAAGUCCAUUGGUAGUUAUUUCAUUUGUCGCUUGAUAGCCAGGUCAAUUACUAUGGUUUCAACGUAGGCAACGCGGCACGUACGUUAUCGUGUUUGUGCAAUUCAACGUAAUUUCAAGAGUGUAUUCACGCAUUUAGGAUCGCACUUUUGUGAUAGCCUGAAUGAGCGAUCUAAUCUUAAAUUGCGAUGUUCUUUUAAAUGCGAUCUACGCGUGGUUUUUGCUAAUAUAAAACCUGUUACUACGAAACAUUCAUUGGGUUUAUUAUAAGUAUUCAGUAAGUGUUCUUGUACGGGCAACGGUGUAUUGCUGUUAAAAUAUUAGGAAAUAAACAGUUCAUUGCAUCUGCAAUGCUGCGUCGCGUCCAUAAUUGUUUAUAAUUGGUUCGCACCGGCUGCACGUAAGUGCUAUGUUGCCGAGUUACGAAAACAUUUCCCUUGCUGUUAUCUACAUUUGUUAAAAACACGUCCACAGAGGUCGUUCACUUUGUUAUUGUACCGAGGUAGAUCGAACUAAACUCCGUGCAAUGAAUUUGAAUGUUAUCAAUUUCCUGUUGCGUUACGUACCGACUUACACGAAAGUAAACAGUUACUGAUGAAAAUAACUUCUCGUAAAACUUAGUUCGUUUUUAGUUUGUACCAACGCAAGUACUUCGACCCAACAUUUCUACAGGAUUUGAAAUGUUUACUUGCUUGCGUUAACUAAAAGAUAAACGGCGAAUCAAAUAUUCGUUUACCCGAGUGUCUUGUUGUAUGUUUUGGUUGAGCAAGGGUCCAAUCCGGCAUAUGUGAUACCAGAUGAAGUUCCGUAAUGUAGAUAAUGUGAAUAUAACUAAGUUAUUCAUGGACUGUACAGUUCUUUUGUACACCUCUAUCGUUGGGUUUUACACUCCAUGGGUUGUUACGAUGUACUUCUUUUAUUUUUAUGUUGUUUGCUUAUAUUGCUGGGCGCGUGCGUGGGACGACAAGAUAAAUCGGUUCUUGCUUCAUUUUUUUUCACUCUACGACAGGCUCGGCGUAGACGAGGAGUUAUUAUUCCUUAUCUGCUUUAAAUUCUGAUUUUAAUGCGUAUUAGUGGGAAUCUGUCAAUUGGUUAUUUAUUGACGUCUGCAUUAUCGCGCCGCUGAAUAGCCGGCUGUAUUGAAAGUUGGGCCCUUUUCACAUAAUAAAUACUUUUAUCUAAAAGGAAGAGGGCGAUAGCUUCUUUAUUACAAUGAUAAGUUUCGUGUUCAUCCGAGGCGGAUCCCUCAAACAUUGGAAAUUUCGUUUUAUUACUUUAAGGGAGAGCCGGGAACGUUAAGGGAGUAGAAAGAUAUGUAAAUUGAAUUUUGAAUUAAUAAUAGGUCCGGCCGAGCCUGUGUCUGUGUUGGGAUUUGUAAAGGGCGUGGCACCUCGUGGUUGUAAGACUCAACGAUACACCUCACUAUCGUAUAAACAAAUAGGCUAUGUCUAACGAGUGAAUGCAUUUUAUACAUAAAAAUAGGUUUAAUAUUUGUUUGUGUAUGUCGUGAGGCAUGAGUUACACGCUCGCACACUAUUUUUGUACAAUAAACCAUGUCCUGAUAUAA